UUCUCGUUGUUGUUGCUGCCGCCGCUCGGGGGAAUUCGUGGAAAACUAAAGAAAAACCGUGCAACUAAUUUGCAAAAUCAAAAAAAUAAACCUAUAGCACUGAGCCAAAGACUGAGAUACAACGAUUUAUUUCAAUUACCCUUUACGGAAGCAGGGAAACAAAAACAAAUUGUUACGUUAGGCGUGUUACGUUUUUCAUACCCUUGCGUUUUCUCUCUCUCUCCCGUGUCUCGCUCUCUCUCUCUCUCUCUAGGAGAUUCUCUCGCGCUUCUCCGUGUGGAUUUCGUUGUCCAACUCCAGAAAAAAGACAUUGUGGGUCCGAAUUGAAACGCGCGUUCAAAUUCAUUCAGUUGAAGGCGGUUGUGCCGCGAAAAAGUCGUAACUUCGAGAGUUUCCGAGGAGAAAAUCAUCUGCCGCGGUCUAAAUGUAAUGUAAAAGUAAACUAGAAAAUGGCUGUCCUAUCGGCAUAGAUUAUGUAGGCUUACAAUCAAACGGACCGAAAUGCUGUCUCAAUCAAAACGUCAAGUUCUCUCUUUCGUCGCCAGUCCGCAAAAAUGUGAGAACCAGUGUGUGGGGGGAAAUUGGAAAACUAAGUAACUAGAGAACUGAAAAGCGAGAGGAAAACCCAAAAGACUGCAACUGCAAAACUCCAAAAUAUAAUAACAACAAAACACAGCAACAAAGUGCGCGCGUGUAACAAUUAUGUGAUAUCUACAACAACAAAUGCUCGAACGAACUGCUGACGUCACGCACAGUAGAAUAUAGAAUGUAAAAAAGAAAAAAAAAACCGCGUAGUAAAGCUAAAAGUUCCCACACACACACACACACACACUCGCGGAGACUGAAUAAAAGAAUAGAGGAAGAAGCAGCGGCAGCGGUAUAUAAUACGUGGAAUCGAAAAAGUAAAAGAAAAGAAACACCCGCAAAAGAAAAAUUUGCAAAAAUGAAACGUGUGUGAUAUUCAAAGAGCAAGAGGAAGCAGGCUGCGGCCGUGGAGGAGGAGCGGAAGAAGAAGAACAAGCAGAGCGUGUGAUAUAUAAGCAGUAAAAAGGCGACAAAAAGAAACGACAAAAGUCAGAAAUUCCAAUUUUUAGAUGUGAAGAAUCCUUAGGUGCUAAUUUAGUUGAUAAGCGCAAAGUGAACGAGAGAGACCGAGAGAGAGCGGGAGAACGGGAGAGAGCGAUACACAGGCAGUACAAUAAUCAAUGAGCUGAAAUUUCCAACUGGGUGGCAACCUUUCGAAGGCAGUGCUCAAAAGUAUGCUACAGUAAAAUGAGGCAAACUUAACAGCAGCAACUACAGCACACACACACACACACAUAGAGAGAGAGCUAAGAGUGAUACGGAGGAGAGAGGGAGAGCGUAAGCAAGAGAGAGCGAGAACUGCAGCGAAAUGUCCAAAUUCUUUGUGACCGUUGCAUCCAACAACAACAACAACAAUAGCAGCAGCAAUACAGGCAGCAAUAACAGCAACACACACCAGCGACACCACCACCAGCAACAUUAUGCCGGCAGCGGAACCGGAAGCGGUGCCACUGGCCACCAUCCGCUGGUUGCACGCAAACUCAACUACGAUCUGCUCGGCGGCCAGACCAACAUUAACAACAACAACAACAUUGUGAUCAAGAACGAAUCCCUCGAUCUGGACUACGAUCACGGUCUGAUCAGCAGCGACAGCAGCCACAGCCACAGUAACAGCAACAGCACUAGCAACAGUAACAGCAACAGCAAUAGCAACAGCAACAGCGGCGUGGCAGCACAUCUGCGGGAUCAUGUCUACACGGGGGCGGUGGCAACGGGAGCGGCAGCAGCAGCGGCGGCGGCGGGACAGACGACGCAGCAGCAAUGGAAGGCGACCGGCAAGUCCAAUGAUAUCACAAAUUAUUACAAGGUCAAGCGCCGGCCACACGCCGUCACCGACGAGAUCCACCCCAAGAAGCAGGCCAAGCAGAGCGCGCACCACCAAACCGUGGUGUACCAAAAGCAUGUGGCCAGCAGCACGCCCCAGCAGUUGCGGCAUAGCAGCCACCAUGACGUGGACUCGGCCGAGCUGGACGAGGAUGUGGUGGUGGAGCGCAGUGCCAAGGCGGCAUCUUCAUCGCUUCACUCCUUCUCCCUGUCGACGCCCCAGCAGCAGUUGGCCGCAUCGGUGGCAAGUUCCUCGAGCGGCGAUCGCAAUCGGGCGGACACCUCGCUGGGGAUUUUGACCAAAAAGUUUGUAGACCUGCUCCAGGAAUCGCCCGACGGUGUGGUGGAUCUAAACGAGGCCUCCAAUCGUUUGCACGUGCAAAAGCGUCGCAUCUACGACAUCACCAAUGUCCUCGAGGGCAUCAAUAUACUGGAGAAGAAAUCGAAGAACAACAUCCAGUGGCGAGGAGGUCAAUCGAUGGUCAGCCAAGAGCGAUCGCGUCGCAUCGAGGCAGAGUCGGAGCGACUGGAGCAGCUGGAGAACGAGCUGAAUAUGGCCAUUGAUCAGAUGCGAGGUAAUCUUGCCGAGAUCUCGCAGGAGGUGGAGAAUGCCGGUGGCAUGGCCUAUGUCACGCAGAAUGACCUGCUCAACGUGGAUCUGUUCAAAGAUCAGAUUGUCAUAGUGAUCAAGGCGCCACCAGAGGCCAAGCUUGUGUUGCCCAACACAAAGUUGCCGCGCGAGAUCUACGUUAAAGCGGAGAAUAGCGGGGAGAUCAACGUCUUCCUCUGCCAUGACCAAUCGCCAGAGAAUUCGCCAAUUGCGUCAGGCGAUGGCUACGUCAGAUCGUCAGCCGGAGCCAGUGCCGGAGGCAGUGGCGUACGGACGGCUACCUCCACACGACUGCAUCCGCUGACAAAUCCACGGCUAAAGGAUCCGCUCUUUAACAAUAUCGAUGCCAUGAGCACGAAGGGAUUAGGUACUGCACCAUACCGCUCGGCCCGCAACCUCAGCAAAUCGAUCGAGGAUGCCGGCAAGCAACAAUCCCAGCCUGAAUAUAAUAACAUUUGUGAUAUUGCGAUGACGGCCCAGCAGCAGCAGCAUCAUCAUCAUCAUCAGCUCAACCAGCAGCAACAGCAGGAGCCAACGGAGGAGGAUGAUGUCGAUGCGGAGCUGAGCCAGUUGGUGCCGACGCUAACAAAUCCGGUGGUGGUGCGACACAACAACAAUCAGUUCCUCCAACAGCAACAGCGGCAUCAGCAACAGCAGAACACCAUCCAGGAGCUUUUUAGCAGCUUAACAGAAUCCUCGCCUCCAACGCCCACCAAGCGACGUCGGACAGCAGCGGCCAUAGCACCAGCAAUGGCAGCGGGCAGCGCAACAACAACAACAACAACAGCAACCACUACGCUUAAUAGUCAUAACAACAACAACACCAAUAACAACCAUAGCAGCAACUCCCAGAACCCAACAAUAAGCUACAGCGGCAACAGUCAGCGACGCAGCGAUGUGCCCAUGUAUAAUUGUGCAAUGGAAGAUGCAACCACAAACUCUGUGGCAUCAGCAACAGGAGCAACAUCAUCGAGAGGAGAGGGAGCAACAUCCUCGGCGAUAGGCUCGCUGCAAAUGCAAUUCGCUGCCGUGGCGGAUAGCAGCAGUAACGGCGGCGAUGGCGGUUAUGGCAGCAUCGCUGGCGCUGGCGCCAAAACUGAUGAUACCCAUCAGCCCUAUCUGCCGCCCGACUGCGAUGCGAACAGUAACAGCAGCAAUGUCACGCUCCAGGGCCUCGAUGCGCUCUUCAAUGACAUUGGCUCGGACUAUUUCAGCAACGAUAUUGCCUUCGUGUCCAUCAAUCCGCCGGACGAUAAUGAUUAUCCGUAUGCGCUAAAUGCGCACGAGGGCAUCGAUCGGCUGUUUGACUUUGGUUCGGAUGCCUAUGGACCCUAAAAAGAGACGUCCAUCACACAACACCAUGCAUACACACAAAGCACACAGCAAAUGUAUCUAAAAAAGAAAUUGGGAUUCUUCUGGGGGGUGUUUAUAAUUUUAAAUUAUAUACGAAAUGGCAAAAAAAAAAGAAAACAAAAAACAAGCAAAUUACAAAUUUAUUAUUAAAUUAUAUAAAUUGCAAAAACAAACUAAAAAUCCAAAAAGAAAACAAACAAAAAAACAAAAAUCAGCUACAAAACUUAAUGAAACUAAGUUGUGUGUACAAGUUUUAAGCGUAAAAAUAUUAUACAUACAUUUAAAUUUAUAACCCAAAACUAAUUUAAGCAAAACACAAAAUCUACUUUACGAAAACAAAAAAAAAAACUCAGCCUCACAAGGAAAAUCGAAGAAGGAAGCAGGAGAGCAACAUUUUAUAAGCAAAUUACAUUUUAGCCUUAAAACAAAAAACAAAAGAUAAAUAUAUCAACAAAAAGGGAUAGGAAUCAGGAAAAGUAACACAUCCCUUUCCAUAUUCAUCAAUCCAAUCUCUUUUUUUGUGGGCUUAAAAACUGUCUGUAAAUUAGUAAAAGCAACACACACAAUUUUUAAAUA